UAUAUAUAAACCUUAUUUUAAGGAGCUCACUCCUCGGCUUUUUCAGCCCUAAAUAAUCUAUGAGAUGUAGGAUUUACCGUAAAAACUUUUGAUGUCUACAAUCAUCAUCCCAUUCCCUCUCCACUCUAAAUACCAGGAAAAUGGCUUCAAAUUCGGCCUCCCAGAUUCUGGCUAUAACCAAAACGGCACCGUACUCGAAACCAAUGGCUUCUCGUUUCCUUCAAUCACGAAGACCUUACCUCAAUCUUUGUUGUUUAUCCCAAAAAUUCUCAAAUGAUAAUGCUCUCUUCUGCUUGCCCAAUUCUAAAUCUUUUCUACUAGCUAAAGAGCUGGAGGAAAGGAAUAGUAAUAAUCAUUCUCCAACCCUUCGUGAAAUUUGCCUGGAUCAUGUGCCGGGCAAUGUGCUACGUAGACUGGAAGAGGCUGGAUAUUUAGUGCCAACAGAUGUACAGAAGGAAGCUUUGCCUGUUCUCUUCUCUGGAAACGAUUGCAUUCUUCAUGCUCAGACAGGUUCAGGGAAGACGCUGACUUACUUGUUGUUAAUUUAUUCUCAAAUAAAUCCUAAAAAAUCGGCUGUUCAAGCUCUAAUUGUGGUUCCCACCAGGGAACUUGGCAUGCAAAUCACGAAAGUGGCUAGGAUGUUGGCUGCUGCAAGACAAAUGGGUCCCGAACUAGAACAGAAGUCAUAUACUGUUAUGGCGCUUUUAGAUGGAGGAAUGUUGAGGAGACAUAAAAGUUGGCUCAAGGCAGAACCACCUGCUAUUGUGGUAGCAACAAUUGGAAGUUUGAGCCAGCUGCUUGAAAAGCAGAUAUUGAAGCUUGAUUCUUUGCGAGUAUUGGUGGUUGAUGAGGUUGAUUUUUUAUUCAAAUCAUCCAAACAAGUUAGUUCUCUCCGGAAGCUUUUGACAUCAUAUUCCUCGUGUAACAACCGUCAAACUGUUUUUGCCAGUGCAUCCAUUCUCCAGCAUAGACGAUUUAGACACGACUGCAUUCAGCAGAAGUGGACAAAGGGAGAUGUUGUUCAUGUCCAUGUCAAUCGAAUUAUGCCAAUGCCAGCAUGCCUAUAUCAUAGAUUUGUGAUAUGUGGUAGAAAAGCGAAACAUCAAGUAUUGUUAUCUUUAUUACAAUCAGAUCUGCCUGAGUCUGGUAUUAUUUUUGUUGGUGAGCAGUCUGAGAAGUCAAAAAAGUCUGGACAAGCUCCCUCAACAACUGCUGUAAUUGAUUUCUUGAGGGCUUCGUAUGAAGGUUCUUUAGAUAUCCUUCUUUUGGAGGAAGACAUGAAUUUCAAUUCACGUGCAGCUUCACUCACAGAUGUGAGGAAAGGAGAUGGCUAUCUCCUUGUGUCUACAGAUAUUGUAGCUAGGGGGAUUGAUCUACCAGAAACUACUCACAUAUACAACUUCGACCUCCCAAAAACUGCUAUCGAUUAUUUACAUCGGGCUGGAAGAACGUGUAGAAAGCCUUUUUCAGAUAAGAAAUACUAUGUUACCAAUAUUAUAUUGUCGGAAGAGCGUUUUGUUUUGCAAAGAUUUGAAAACGAAUUAAUGUUUCACUGUGAAGAGCUUACAAUAGAGACUCAAGGUUGAACUUGGUUCAUUUUAUACAA